CGUGGUGGGCGCUGCUGACGACCAAAUUGGGACUGGUUCCUGCGCAGCGACACAGUGCCACCGCCGUUCUCCUUCCGCACGCCUCCGCACGCGUUGACCGCUGCGAAAUCCCUUGCCUUCAACUUUACGAUUCGAAAUGAGUACAUAUACCGAAAACCCCUUUGCGUCCACGCAUUCUCUCGAUGCAAACCCCUUCGAUGACCCCACGGAACGUACAUCGCCCGCUCCCAGCUACCCGAGUCCCAACCAUGCUGCCCGUCUCGCGGAAAUCAACCAGAGAGAACGCGACUUGGAACGGAGAGAACAGGAGUUGACUCAGAAGGCUGAGCACAUCAAGAGGUUUGGGAGGAACAACUGGCCAUCGUUCUAUCCUGUCAUCUUCCACUCGAUCAAGGAUGAAAUCCCAGAAGAGUACAGACCACAGAUCAACAGGCUGUACCAACUGUGGUUUGUCCUCUUCGGAACGCUCAUCAUCAACAUGAUUGCGUGUAUAUUCAUCCUUACGUCCGGGUCAAGUAAUGGUGGAAGCGACCUAGGUUCAAGUAUAGGAUAUCUGUUCGUCAUCACGCCUCUUUCGUUCCUCCUGUGGUAUAGGCCCAUCUACAAUGGAUAUAUGAAGGAGCAAGCACUAUACUACUACUUCUACUUUGUAUUCGGCGGGUUUCAUCUCGUGUUCUCUCUGUACAUGAUCAUUGGGAUACCAGGCACCGGAUCUGCUGGCCUCAUCCAGACCAUACAGAUGUACAGCAGGGCUGCUUUCGUCGCAGCAAUCCUCGGUACCAUCGCCACAGUGGGUUGGGUCAUCCAAGGUGUAGGGAACGCCUAUUAUUAUCAACAGAUCUGGGCGCAUCACAAGAGCGCGGGCCACUCGGUGGAGAAGGCGAAGACCGAGCUUGCCACUCACGGCGCGAAAGCGUACUUCACGAGGGGUUGAGACCAAUCUCGGUGCUUGCGAUUUGGCUAGCGUUGGGGCGCCCAGGAACCUAUGUACUUCUCCUGCUAAGUUAUGACAAUGAUUUCUGCCUUUCUUGUCAAUGUUUUACGUGCGAUUGGUCAAUGAAAUGCGUGUAACAGACA